GGAAGAAAACACACAGGUAACUAUGAGACUAGGUGUUUAAAGACGACACACCGAUAUUCGCCAGUAGACGUUGUCGACUAGCCCAGGGCAUCUGGUAUUCCACAAAACUUAGUUUGGAUUAUCUCGAAAUCUGGAGAUCCCUUAUUUGUGAUAUUUAGAUAAGCUGCUGGAACAAGUUAGAAGAUGGCCGAUUCUUUGGAUAUGGAUCAACGGGACCCCAACAACCUCAAUGACCACGUUAAGGUCUUAUUUGAGGAUGUAAUCGGGGAACCGGAAGGCGGCCACAGCGCGGACUGCGUCUGGCGGAACUCGUACAAGUGCUUUACGUGCACCAAGAACUGCUGCUACCUCCUGCUCACCUUCCUCUGCGCCAUCCCGCUCUCAUUCUGCUGGGGCUGCGAGUUCGCCGCAAUCACCUUCCAACACGUCUGGCAGAUCUCUCCCUGUCUCCGUGUCUGCAUGAUCAACUUAGGCUGCGCUCAGAAAUUCUUCGGAUCACUCAUCAACUGCUGUCUGGCUCCAGUUUGCGAGGCUAUGGGAAUGAUGUUUGCCAACAUCCGGGUAGAAAAUAAGUAACAGACGAACAGAGAAAUAUCCAAGACCACAAAAAUAUUUAUACUGUCAGAGACAAAUACAUUUAAAUAGGAUCAUCAUGGUCUCAGUAUUUAUCAGAUUGGUUUUGUAUUUGUCGCGGGAUAGAACGUUUGUUACCUUAGACUUGGUACAUGAAGAACAGUAAAGAAAUAGUUGGUUCACUGAUGUUACUAACAUGACUCACAUUUCGGUUUAUCUGUGAUAUAUUUUGAUAUUCUCAGCAAAUCUUGGCAUUUACGAUUGUUAUCCGUCCUUGACACUUGUGAUAUGGAUAUGUCCUUGGUUGUAUAUAGUAUUUUGGAAUCAUUAACAAAAUUAUAAUGGGAUAAUUUUCACAAAAGUGCAUACUUUUGAAUAAUUUGUAACCACAGUAUGUAAACUAAAUGCGAGUUUUAAGUGUUAACAGAAAGCGUUCACCUUUAAUGAUAAUCUUAAAAUCACCAACACAAUAAUACCAAUUACAUGCAUGCAUACUUAUUAUAUUUAAUUUUUUAUCUGUGCAAAUCCAGUUACAGAGUACGACAGAAAUUUAAUGUAUUUGUGCAUUUAAAAAAUCACUAAAUAUAAAAAAUAUCAGUGUCCGCAUAUAUAAAAAAUACCAGUUGUAGAUAUAUUUUAAUUUUAUUUAACUAUUGUAUUUUGUAACAAUAAACACCAUGCAUUUUUGAAA